AUGCAAGUAAUCAAAAGAACGCUUUGUCGCACUUCGAAUUUGCAUUUAAAUCACAUUCGACACAUACCUCCAAGCGCCAUUAAUUGGUAUCCUGGUCACAUGCAAAAGGGACUCAAAGCAAUAUUUUCUCGCAUGGGUGAAGUCGAUGUUGUGAUCGAAAUACAUGAUGCUCGCGUUCCCCUCACUGGUCGGUGCCAAUUUGUAAAAGAAGCUGGUCUGAUUCGACCACAUAUAUUGGUUAUGAGUAAAACCGAUCUCGCUGAGCCCAUUAAAGAUGUAAAUGAAUACAAAAGCCUAAUUUCCUCGGGGGAUUGUGACGGUGGUCCUUAUUAUCAUCCUCCCUCUGAAAUAUUCUUCGCCAACCUCAAACAUCCUGAGAAGCAAAAGAGGCUACUCAAUCGUAUACUUUUUAGUAUAGCUCGACUAUCUUCAAGUGCGUGGCAGAGUCGAAAUUUUCUAGACGCUGAGGAUUGCGAUGCUGAAAAUGCACAAAAUCCCACUCAACGCACGGUCAAUGCGAUUGUUGUGGGUCUUCCGAAUUGCGGUAAAAGCACUCUGAUUAAUGCGCUUCGAAGUUUUGCUACUGGCGGUGGUAGGGGAUCAGCUGUAAGUGUGGGGAAGGACGCUGGUCGUACACGGAGUGUAGGUGGACCAGUAGUUAUCGCAAGGGACUUUCCCGUGAUUGACGAAAGCGGCACAACUCAAGAACUCUGCACCAUCCGACUGAUUGAUACUCCGGGGAUUCUGGAACCAAAGGCGCAGACCUUUUGUGGACAACUAAGUCUCGCCAUCUGUGGCGCUAUGGAUUGGAAUGCGGUUGACAAGUGCAAGUUGUUCAGCUUUUCGCUUGUCUUGGCCGAUUACCUACUUUUCUGCUUGAACGCUCGUUCUAACUUUGAAUAUGUUCGCACUAUUGGUCUCCCGGGUCCAACCGAACGAGUGGACGAGUUGCUUGCCUGGAUAGCUGCUCGGCGCCGUCUAUUUCAAACCACAACGACAUCCGUUCGCCGCCAAUGCUCUGAAGGUGGUCCCACCCCCAAUGGGAAACCCGAUUUGAACGCCGCCGCCACUUAUCUACUUCGAGCCUUCAACCAGGGUGCACUUGGCCGCAUUACUCUCCUCCCCAGUCAAUCCCCAAUGGAAGAGGAGGCGAUGGAGUCCAAGACACUAGACUGGAGUCAAUUUUUGCAAAAGAAGGCCGAGUUUGAGAAACUCCCAAUUCCUGAAGACUGGAAGGGAUGGGUGUCCUACAAAUUCCUCGAAUACGCGCUGUGGGCAGUGGAGGAUCCGUGGGGUUUUAUGACGAGCAUCAUGAUGGUGGUCGGGGUUCUCUUCCUAGUGAGUGCGGCGUGCUCCUGGAAACUAGCCAAGCUUAUCGAGAAGGAGGAGGAGGACAAGAAGCGGAAGGCGCGUCGAGCCAAGGCAAUUCGCGCUGCUUCUGGCCGUCAUCCCAAAGCCGAGUAA